AUGAGUCUUCAUGUUGAUGCACCAAAUUGCUCAAAGCAACAUCGAGUUGAAAUUAACUUAGAAGAUCUUCCAUUAGAUCCUGGGUUACGUCCUAAACUUUCAUAUUAUCAUCCUAAUGAUCGGGAUAGGAUACGAAGAUACUACUUGCAAAAGGGACCUUGCCAACCUCGUCACCAUGAUUUUCCCAAGAGAAAAUUUGGAGAUAAGUUUCGACGAUUUUGUCCCUCUUGGUUUAAUGAAUUUGGCAAUUGGUUGGAGUAUAGCAUAAUAAAAGAUGCUGCAUAUUGCUUGUGUUGUUAACUUUUUAAGCCUGAUGUUGGAAAGCAAUCGGAUGGAGACAUAUUUGUUACAGAGGGGUUCAUCAAUUGGAACAAAAAAGAUAAAUUUAACCAUCAUAUUGGAGGUCCAAACAGUGCUCAUAACAAUGCUAGAAAGAAUUGUAAGAAUUUGAUGAAUCAAAAUCAACACAUUGAAGCUGCUAUUUUUAAGCAAUCUGAGCAAGCUCGUGACUUAUAUCGAAGUCGACUAACUGCAUCAAUUGAUUGUAUUCGAUUUCUUUUACAGCAAAGAUUGGCUUUUCGUGGUCAUGAUGAAUCAAAAAGUUCAACUAAUCAAGAUAACUUUCUUGAACUUCGCAAAUUUUUUGUUGAUCAUAAUGAAGGUUUGAAAAGUAUAAUUUUGCAAAAUGCUCCUGAAAAUAAUUGGUUAACUGCUCUAGAAAUUCAAAAAGAUAUGGUCAAUGCUACAGCAAUUGAGACUACUAAUGCUAUAAUAAAUGAUCUUGGGGAUGAAUAUUUUGCUAUUAUUGUUGAUGAGUCAUGUGACAUAUCAAACAAAGAAGAAAUGGCUGUUGUUUUGCGUUAUAUGAACAAGAAAGGAUGCAUUGUUGAGCAUUUUCUUGGUAUAAUGCAUGUUAGUGAUACCACUGCUUUAUCACUAAAAAAGAUAAUUGAAUUAUUAUUUUGUAAACAUGGUCUGAGUAUAUCAAGAAUUCAUGGACAAGGCUAUGAUGGUGCUAGUAACAUGCAAGGUGAAUUUAAUGGCCUGAAAAGUUUGAUUUUGAGAGAAAAUUCAUCUGCUUUCAAUAUUCAUUGCUUUGCUUAUCAAUUGCAACUCAUACUUGUUGCUGUUGCCAAGAAUCAUAUCUGAGUUGCUUCUCUUUUUAACAUGAUUGCUACUGCACUAAAUAUUGUUGGAGGCUCUUAUAAGCGACAUGACAUACUUCGUGAAAAGCAAGUUGCUAAAGUAAAAGAAGCAUUAGAAAAGAGAAAAAUUCAUAGCAGACGGGACUUGAAUCAAAAACUUAGUCUCAAACGAAGUGCUGAUACUCAUUGGAGUUCACAUUAUGACACUUUGAUAAAUUUAAUUCUUAUAUAUUCUGAAGUUAUUGAUGUACUUGAGAUUGUCAAAGAAGAUAGGUUGAAUCCAGAUCAAAGAGCUGAAGUAAAUGGCCUUUUAGACACCUUACAAACAUUUGAUUUUGUGUUCACUUUGCAUAUGAUGAAAACAGUAUUGGGAAUCACUAAUGAAUUGUCACAGGCAUUGCAAAGGAAAGAUCAAGAUAUCAUUAAUGCCGUGAAAUUGGUUAAUAUCUCAAAGCAACGGCUACAAAGUUUAAGAGAUGAUGGAUGGGAACCUUUAUUGAUUGAAGUAUCUUUGUUUUGCACAACUCAUGAUGUUGACAUUCCAAAUAUGGAUGACAUGUUUCUAUCCAAAGGGCGAUCAAGACAUAGAGUUCAAGAGAUCACAAAUUUGCAUCAUUAUCGUAUUGAUUUACUUUAUAUUGUUGUGGACAUGCAACUUCAGGAGCUUAAUAACCAUUUUAGUGAGACAAGUACUGAAUUGCUUCUUUGUUUAGCAUACUUAUCUCCUGAUAACUCUUUUUCUGCAUUUGACUAGCAAAGGCUAAUUCAAUUUGCUAAGUUUUAUCCAUAUGAUUUUUCUCUUACUGAUUUGGUAGUUCUUGAUGAUCAAUUGGAGACUUAUAAUAUUAAUAUGCGAAGUAGUGAUGACUUUUCAACUCUUAAAGGGAUUGGCAACUUUUCAUAGAAGCUAGUCGAGACUGGAAAGUAUAUUGUUUAUCCAUUGGUGUAUUCACUUAUCAAGUUGGCAUUAGUUUUAUCCAUCACCACAGCAACUGUAGAGAGAGCAUUUUCUGCAAUGAAGAUUAUAAAGAAUCGAUUGUGUAAUCGAAUGGGGGAUGCUUGGAUGAAUGAUUGUUUGGUCACUUACAUAGAAAGAGAUGUAUUUAAUAGCAUUGAUCAUGAGCUAAUUAUUCAACAAUUUCAAAAUAUAAAAUCUCAUCGAGGACAAUUACGAAAGGUACUUUAA